AUGAAGUUUGUUCUUUAUUCUAUAUUGUUUUUGUUAUCAAAUAAGAAAGCAUCAGGAAACCAAUUUCCCACUAUAGGCCUCACUUCACAUCUGCCAGCCUCCCUUGGCAAAUCGAACACCCCUUUAGCUGGUUGGAAGAGGAGGAGAGUGGAUGCAUGCGCCCAAUACAAAAAAGCAGCAGCAGCAGCAUGCUUUCCCGUGCGCUCCUCCUUACCCGUUGUGGGUGGCGAAUACGCGUUCGCGGUCACGGUUGGCCUCGGGACACCUCCAACAACAAAAUCCCUCAUUCUCGACUCCACCACCGACAUUAUGUGGACUCAAUGCAUGCCGUGCCUUGUGAACUUUAGGCCUCAAAGAGAGCCGAUAUUCGACCCUCAUAAGUCGAGUUCGUACUCCGCCCUCCCGUGCAAAUCCCCCCAAUGCUCUCUUCUCGAUGACGAGACCCAAUUUGGCCCUAGCUGCUCCCCACAACGCAAGUGCGUCUACUACGCCGCAGACUCUUACUACACUGGCUCCAUUGGAUUCUUGAGUAUGGACAAACUUAGCCUACACCCAGUUAAUACCAACUCUAAAAGUAGUACUACUGCCGAUAUGCUGUUUGGGUGUAGCCAAUCCAGUUGGGGAGAUGUUGUUGGUCUUGAAGCCGGAUAUAUGGGCCUCGGCAAGGGCAACUUGUCCAUUGUCUCCCAAACUGCUGCAAACGGCUACUUCUCCUACUGCCUCCCUUCCAACACCACCUCCCAAGGCUUUCUUGCACUUGGAAAGGGCAGUUGUGAUGAUAGAUAUAACACUAAUACCACCAAAUUCACACCCUUAAUUGCCAGCCCGGAAAGUGACACAUAUAGUUCAAGUUACUUCAUCGACACUAUCUCUAUAGCCGUGGAUGGACGCAACUUGGAGAUAAGCCCCGCGGUCUUCUCGGGAGGCACGUUGAUAGACACAGUAAGCACUUUCGGCCUUCUCCCUCCGCAAGCAUACGCCCCAUUAAGCCAUGAAUUCAAGAAGCAGAUGAUCAACCACUACCGAUUCACAUCCGCACCCCCUCACACAACCAAACAUAAUUACACUCUGGAUACUUGUUUUUUUACUCCUAAACCUAAUACCACAAAACCCACCAGUGUCCCGGUCGUCACCUUCACCUUCAGGGACAAUGUGGAAGUCGAUUUGGAUGCUGCUGGAACACUGUUUGUGGUCAACGAAUCAAUAGUGUGCCUUGCAUUCAUGGGAGAUACUAAUAAUCCUCCGGUAGUUUUCGCCAACACUCAACAGAAGACGUACGAGGUGGUGUUCGAUGUAGCCGGAAACAGAGUUAGGUUCGUCCCCAACCGCUGCCCUUAG